AUGACUUCAUUAGUAAUUCGUAAGGCAUAUGUUGAAAUUAUGCCUGGAAAACAGAUCCACUAUCGUUAUGUCUUACCUCAGAACGGACUAACACAAAAGCCAACGAUCAUCUACCUCCACAAAUCAGCGAGUUCGUCAGUGAGCUAUGAAAAGUUGAUGACGCAUUAUGCUUCAAAGGGUCAUCCUGGAUACGCUCCCGAUAUGCCCGGAUUUGGAGGUUCCUUUGACCAAGACGAGGACGACGUCAGGGCCAUCGAUGAGGAAAAUACGGGUUGGUAUGUUGACAUUUUCAUGAAAAUGUUUGAAAAGCUUGGCAUUUACAAUCCAACAAACCAAAACUCUAUCCAGGGAUCUCCAACUGUUAAAAUGGUCAACAUAAUUGGACAUCACAGCGGUGCUUCUUUGGCCAAUCAGCUAGCAGCCAGAUACCCUGAUUUCGUUCGCAGUAUCACGCUGGUUGGGGCAACAAUCAUUGGCAAAGAGGAACGAGAGCGAAUGAAGGAGAUAUAUCUUAAACCGUUCAACAAACCCGCUGAAGACGGUUCCCAUUUGUUAAAGACGUGGAACUACCUGAAGAACAUGGGUGUCGGAGAUGAUAUUAGUUUACAUCAACGAGAGGCUGUGGAUCAUAUCCGUGCAUGGCGUGGCAGGAUGCUGGUUUACGGAGCGGUAUGGUCACAAGAGAGUGAGGAGUUUUUCAGGGCUGUUCGAUGCCCUGUUUUAGUGUUGUGUGCACGAGAUGAUGUACUUUGGGAACAUGUUGACAAUGUGCAAAAAGUGAAGCCUGAAGCUAAAGUGGCUGAAAUUGCAGGUGGUAAUUUCAGUUUGGACCGCGACGUCGUAGGAAUUGUGAGGGAAUGGGAUGCAUUUCAGGCUGAAAUUACACUAUAAUGUGCAUUUAUUCAGAAAUAACCGUUCGAUGUAUACAUCUAUUGAUUUGAACAGAAAGUUGACAGCACAAGACAAAGGGACUUAAAUGGUAGCUAGCUAAAGUUCAGUGCAGAGAAAAAG